AUGAUUUUCUUCUUGCAGAAUAUCCUAAAGUACCUGGGAAUUAAUACUUUACUAGCAUUAGACAUUGCUGACAAGAAAGCCAAAAGCUGCCUGGUGGGUCAUAAUAUCAAAGCAAGUAUGCUGUCAACAGGGGAGGAAUUUUCUAUGUUGAAAAAGCAGUCAAGCAUCAUGUCUACCAACAGUGAGAAAUGCCAGUUAAAACUUGCCAACGCACUUUACAUUCAAGACGGAUACAGUCUUUCUCAACAAUAUCUCGGCGGCAUCCAGGAAUUCUUUGAUAAUGCUGUCAGGACAGUGAAUUUUCAAGAUUCCUCGUCUACCGCCAACAUUAUUAAUAAGUGGAUAGCUAAUCAGACCAGCGGCAAAGUCAACAACUUGGUCUCAAGUCAUUCUUUCAGCCCACUUACAAAACUAAUUUUGGUUAACGCCAUUUACUUCAAGGGGAGAUGGAAACAUCCAUUUAAUUCACAGAACACAAGACUGAUGGAGUUUUACAAGGAGGGUGGCUCUGUUGUGGAAAUCCCAAUGAUGCACCAACAGGCGAUGUGUAGAUUUGGCUAUUUUACGGCGGGUGAGAUGAGAUAUCAGGUCUUAGAACUGCCUUACAGCGGAGAGGAAGUCAGCAUUACCCUGGCUCUUCCCGAAGAAGGAGCUGAUCUAGUGGAAUUGGAAAGACAUCUUACACCACAACUCAUAGACAAGUGGGAUUCCACAAUGAUGGAAGAUGAGAUUGAGAUCGGUCUCCCAAGAUUUAUGAUCCACCAGAAGCUAGAUUUGACAGAGCCACUUGAAGUCCUCAAUAUCACAGAAAUAUUUAAGGCUGGAGCUGAUCUAUCUGGGAUGACGGAGUCAGCUGACCUACACAUUUCUCAAGCAGUUCAUCGAGCGAUUAUUGAAAUCAAUGAAGAAGGAAGUGAGGCAGCGGCCUCAACAGGUUUGGCGGCUGCGAUCAUGAGCCUUCCUCGUCAUCAAUUCAUGGCAAAUCAUCCAUUCAUGUUUCUGAUACGGAGCAAGUUAACAGCUUCAGUGUUAUUUGUGGGAAGACUAAUGGAACCCGAGAAGAUGAUUUCUUUUGGGAGAGAUAAGGAAGCGCUAUAUCUUUCAUGGUAUUGUGCUGUUGGAUGUAACAACUGCUACUCUUUGACUUUGAAAUAUUUAGUUCGCUACAUCAUGAAUCCCAAUAAUUUCAUUGUGGUACCGGCCAACAAAACUCUCACUUCUGUUAAGUUAAAAGCAAGGAAUCUUCGAGAACUACGAUUAGAAACAGCUCAACUGGAACUGGACAGUGAUGUGAUGGAACAAAGAUUGCUGCAACUUCGGCAAACCAUGAGUCAGGAAAAGGAGGAAAGGGAACGAGCGGGACCUCAUCAUUGGAGAUCGGGACAGACAGGGAACCUUACAAAUCAUGCGCAGAAUGUCCUGAAGAGUAAAGACAACUGUAAUCGAAAGAUAACUUCAGGAAAGACAAAAAUCAAAGUACUGAAGGACCAGCGUGAAGAGCCUCACAGACAUGUACCCUCCAGUGUCCCGUUCAGUGUACCCGAGCGGGCAAAGGUCAAGGAGAAAGUAUGUGGACAGUGCGAGAUCAGGUAUCCCCAACUGGUUUGUGUGGAGUGUGGAGAAAAUUAUUGUUCCAGUUGCUUUGCUAAGUUCCAUCAAAAGGGGGCGCUGAAGCUUCACAGGUUCUUCCCAUUCCAGACUGAGAAACAAAAACUUCCAUUGAACAAUUCAUUGCAUUCAGUCAGCCAAUUUAAAAAACAAAUUGAAUCUGAUGAGUCUCCUGUGAAUCGAAAGCUGUUUCCAAAGAAACCUUUUUCAGGACAAAAACUUUCAUCUAAGAUAACGCCACAACAAAAUGCUGAGAUUCUUACCUUUGAUGAUGAAGUUGGUAAACCAGCUUUGAGUGCACGAAACAGCAGUGCAGAGGCCCGCAAAGGUGGAUCGCUGCUAAGUGGCAACUUUGAUGAGGAACAGUCGGCGAAUGCAUUCCAAGAUGCACUCAAGGAAUGGAGGCAAAGAAAACCUGGCCAAGCUCCAUUGCCAACGAAAACAUGUUCAGUUUCCAUAGGGACAUCACAAACAGAAGACAGUGGGCAAAAUUCAGAACCAAAGGAGAUACAGUUGACAGAGCACGAUGCAACCUAUUUGGAGAAGUUGCAGCUUAAGACCAACAUGAGAACUCCAGAACUAUCAUUUCCGGUUGAAGACAUGGAUAGCCGAAGUAAUUCUACAUUCUCAUCUUGUGAAGAGAAGAACGAGGAAAAUGAUGAAGAACUUCUACUGACUGCUGAGGAGAUUGAGGAGCAUGAAAGCUACGUUGCGCUUUUUAAAGUCGAUGAUGUAUCUGAAGACGCAGAGCCGGUGCAGCCAGUGCAGCCAGCUUUGAGAUUCACCGACUUGGAUGCUACCACCGAUGAAAUAAUAGAAGAAAGUCGCAACUAUUUGGUGGAAGAAGCAGAGUGCAGCGUAGAAGAAAGCCAUUCAAGAAUUAAUAGAAACUUACCGAACCCGGAGAGCUGGUUGGUGCAGCGAGAUCCCACGAUAUCAAGAAAUACUAAUACUUCAUCAGAUCAAGGUUCAAAUCAAUAUGAUCCACCGGUCCUUAGUUGCACUGACAAUGUAAAAAGGGAAAUAAAACUCUCAUUAUUUCCCGACACAAGUCUAGACACUCUUGGAGAUUCCUCGGGAGUUGUCCAGGAAGAUUCACUUUCAAGCCGCAAGCCAUCUCCUCCUCAGAUUGGACUGGCUAUGAACACCCAUUGUGAUGAAAGACCAAUUCCCUUCGCCAUUCACUCUGGUAAAGGCUGGAUGGGGAGGCCCAGGUGUGCAGGCCGAAUCCUGGAUAAGGCCAGCGCUGGCAAUUCUCAGCUGCCACCCCAGAGAACUUCAACGUUUACCGAUAUUCCUGGUGAAGAUCCCGUUCCUGCUUCUGAAGAAUUUGACCAAGGGGACAGUUCGGAAGACAACAUGAACAACGGUCUCACUGCCCAACUAUCUAAUGAAUUACAAAAGAUUGCUGGUGGUCAGAAUGUUGACAUUGGCAGGUACUUGGGCAUGGAAGGUUUUUUCACUCUGUACCUAGAUCCUGAUCAAAUUGCCACAACACCCUUCAUUAAACGAACAGCCGAUGACAAGGAGGAAACAGCAGUAACAGCGGUAACACUGAUCAAAGAAAAUGGUGAAUGGCAACCAGACAUCAGCUUCUGUGGAUAUGCUGACGACUCCAUUGUUAGUGAUGUGAUUGAUGACAUUCGGGCCAGACCUCCUAGCAGCUUUGGAAGAUGGAUGACAUCAAAAUCAACUGCAGCGACUCUGGGCUGCCCUGAGAGGGUCAUGUCCCCCUCAGCAAGGGAAUCACCACGCACUGAGAAUGGGUGCCUCCUUCCCCAGACACGGCAGGGUAUUUCCCAGCUGCCUUCUGCCGUGACAUUCCCACAGUCCAGAUCUGCAGAUGACACUUCCGAACCCGACGUUGAUCACAGCGACUCCAGUUUCGAAAAUGAAGCCGAUGAACAAGCCUUAAUUGAAUUGGAAAGAGAGUUGCUGAUGACCAACAGAGGAGGUGCACAAAGAUUGGACACAGUGCUUUCUUGUGAGCUGUCAAUGUCUUCUGGGCUCUUACCUGUAAAGGACAAUCCAUUGAUGCAAAGGGACACUGAACAAUCCCAGUUGACGUUUGAUUCCCUGACAACAGAAGCCGACGAAGGUCACACAGAUGACGAGGCGGAAGAGGCACAAGACAGACAAAACGUGCUACUGUUAUUCUAACAGCUCGUCAGACCAGAAAAAAUACCCGUUAAAAUGUAAUCCCAGAUCACCAAGCAGCAGGUUCUGAAAAACUAUAUCCAAUACAAUGUUUGAUUUGUGAUAUUAAGGACGAUUGGAGAAGAUUGUGUUUUGAUAAUGAUUCUGGCAAAAUGUUGUAAAAUGUAAAUAAAAUUUCAAGGUAAUUUGAUGCAUUUCCUGUAACCCAUUCCAUUAUUUGUA